AUGCCUCGUCCGGGGAGAAACACGUACAGCGACCAGAAGCCACCAUACUCCUACAUCUCCCUCACUGCCAUGGCGAUCCAGAGCUGCCCGGAGAAAAUGCUGCCUCUCAGUGAAAUUUACAAGUUCAUCAUGGAUAGAUUCCCUUACUACAGGGAAAACACUCAGCGGUGGCAGAACUCCCUGCGACACAACCUGUCCUUCAACGACUGUUUCAUCAAAAUCCCCCGGCGCCCGGAUCAGCCAGGCAAGGGCAGCUUCUGGGCACUGCACCCCAACUGCGGGGACAUGUUCGAGAACGGAAGUUUCCUGAGGCGCCGCAAGAGGUUCAAAGUGCUGCCCGCGUCCGACCACUUGGCCCCCAGCAAGCAGUCGGACGCUGCCCAUUACCUGCAGCAGCAAGCCAAGCUGAGACUGAGCGCCCUGGCAGCCACGGGCACACACCUUCCCCAAAUGUCCACGUACAACCUCGGAGUGUCUCAGACGUCCACGUUUAAACACCCGUUCGCCAUCGAGAACAUCAUCGCCAGAGAGUACAAGGUCCCGGGGAGCCUGGCGUUCUCCACCAUGCAGUCCAUGUCCGCCGGGUACCCGCUCCACAACCAGCUGACGACGGCCUGGCCCCACAUGUACAACACCAGCGUGAUUGACACGGCGGCCCCAAUCUCCAUGGCGAGCGGCGACUACAGUGCCUACGGCGUGCCCAUCAAGUCCCUGUGCCACGGGGGACAGUCCUUACCGGCCAUCCCCGUGCCAAUCAAGCCCACCCCGACCUCCAUGCCCGGUUUCUCGGCGUUGCCUCCCCACAUCCCCGCGUUUCUAUCAAACUCUCCGCAGUCCCUGAGCCCGACGUCGCCACAGACAGCGACGAGCCAAAGCAGCCCUGCGACCCCGAGCGAGACUCUGACGAGCCCCUCCACGCUGCAGUCUGUGGCUGUGCACUGA